ACCUCUACUUCCACUUCCACUUCCACUUCCACUUCCACUUCGGCUUCAGCCCUGGACUCGGACCCGAACACCACUACCAAAAAAACCAACAAGCCUACGCCAGCAUCUCAGUCCUCUUCUUCUUCUUCUUCCUCAGCACUUGUCAUUUGCAGAAACAAGUCAGUAUUCCCUGCCCAGGGAGAAUAGGCACUGGAAAUACAUCUCGUCUUUCCACGGACCAUGGCUUCAACUUCCGCUCGAGGUCCUCGAGACCGUCGCCAACGCCAACUACUAUAUGCCUCUUCCCCGCCCAGUAGACCCGGCUGUCUUUUACGACUUGGUCAAGAUUCGCAAGCUGGUAGAUGAUGCAACCGAUCUCGCCGUCCGAGCUGCCAACGGAGUCACCUCGACCGCCAUGUCCAACUCCCUUGCUGGAGGCGCCGCGCAUCAGAUGCAGGCACUUGGGCUGGGCUUUAUGAAUAAUGGAGGCAUGAAAUUAAGUCCAGAGCGCCGCUUCAAGUUACGGGAACAAGCCACUCAAAAGCUGUCCCGUGCCUACCACAUCGACGAAAUCGCAUCCAGCGUAGCUACCAUGCAGUCGACAUCCACCCUCGAGAACGUCGCCGGUCUGGUACUGCAGAGGGCCCCGAGCGAUCCAGACGCCAACUAUGUUCACUUCUUUCACGAGAAAAUCCCGAGCAGGCAGCUUGCCGAGUGCACCGAUUUGCGUGCCCUCGACUUGAUCGUCAGUCAGAGGCAUAGCGAUUGCGAGCCUCUGAGAACCAGGGCCAUUGUGCGCAUGUUCAAGAAUGAUUUCGAAGGCGCUGCCCAAGACUUCACUCGAGCAUUGGGUGUCUACCGAACCUAUCACCUGGCUACACACAGACCUCCCUACGAGAACAUGCAGCUGGAACGCAGAAACAACCGCCGCCGUGAUACACCAUCGUUGGACGAGCGCGACCAGCCCAGAAGCACCGAGGUUCAAUUGUUGUUCCAACGCGCCGGCUGUUAUUUAACAUUGGCUUGUGGUCAUGUUGACGCCUCUUUGCUCAAACGUGGAACCCAUAGAAGCCCCGGCUCGGAAGUGAAGGCGAACGGUACGGAAAACGACGUGACCACGCCUCCAUUGACAAAUCAAGGCACCACCGCCUCCGAAAGGGGGCCAACCAAAAGAGAGGUGGAAAACCGCAAGGCAGUGAGAAUGUAUGCAAAAAGGGCUCUCCGUGAUUACAUGGAGUACCUCAAGUCCUUGCAGUACUCGCCAGACUUACCUGUGGAAAUGUCCGAUGACUUCACUAGGCAAGUAAACCAAGCCAACCAUCGGAGCAGAAGGUACCAGGGUCAGGGACGCAACGGGGCCCAGGACCCGUCUAGUCCGAUCAACGGUGGUGUUGGUCAUAUAGUCUAUUCUCUUCAUGAACUCUUCACUGCAACGCCACCCGCGGAUCUCCCCCCGUAUCCCUCCACAGACCUCGUGUCUGCCCAUGCGCCCGAAUCUCUUGAGACUGCAAUGGAGUUCGUCACCUACCAUCCACUGCUGACAGAUGCCCUUCAUUCGCUGCUCUUGUGCCACGCACUUAUUCAGACAUCUGCAAAGGAGCUCCAGAGGCAUGCUUACAUGGUGGCCCGCCUCGCGCGGCUGACAGAUGGGUACCCCAUAUUCCAGGCCAGUCGAUCUCCAGCAAGGGCUGAUUGGAUUGAGAUCCUACGACGUGGCGAGAACUGGAUAGGUCUAUCCUCAACUUGGGAAACACUUUGUGCUCCGGCCCCCCUCGUCACGGCCAUGUCGCCGGGCGGGAACCUCUCGGCCGCCACUGCUACGGCCAACGCAAUGGCCAUUACGGGCGGGCCGAGUCCAGCCGAAACUGAGGAGCAGCGCAAAGACAGACUCAAGCAUCAGGCGAUAAUUGAGGCUCUUGAGGACGAGCGCGUCAAUGAUGAGGCAAGCUUCAAGGCUGCUAUCUUGGCUCGUCAGCGUAGAGCCGAGGCCGAUCAAGCCAAUGCUACCAAUGGAAACACCAUUGGGAGUAAUGGUCCCGCAAAGUCCCCAUCGUUAGUAUCUCAGAAGCGCUGGGCUGUUGAUGAUGGACGCGAAUACCCGAUCUUGACGGAGCGAGCUGAGGCCGUUGCUCGAUGGGUCCGUGAGGCGCCUGCGGGUUCUGGCGGCAAGCGGAAGAAGAAGCCGGGGUCUGCAAGAAAACUUGCUUCUACUACUGUAACCGAAAGCACGGAAAGCUUGGAACCUGCUAACACGUGAUAGGGUUGCGUGGGGCCUCCAGGAGAAGGAGGAACAACGAUCCGACAGGUCACUAUAUACUCAACUGUAGCAUCUCGAGGUAUAUACCAGAAAGCGUUGAAAUCGAAAUCACCACCUAGCAGGUAUGAACUCAUUUGAAUCUAUCCCCCCGCUGAACCGGACAUGCAACCCGUCUGAAAAGAAAUUGCUGGCCAAUCGGUAUACUUCCGAUCGGUAAUUGCACGCCAAGUGCUUUUUAAAAGCCACAACGGUGAGGCUCAUGCUUUCACAUAUGUCACCAA